UCUUAAAAUACAAUAUAAUUUUUAAAAGUGUAAUCGAUUAAAUGUAAUAAUCAUUAAAUACCUGAUGUUAAUCAGAACUAAAUAGUAAAAGUUAAAGUUCUGAGUGUUUGUCUAAUCAGAUCAUUUAAGUUCAUUAACUAUCACUCUUGACUCCCUUAACAGUGCACUGACUACUGAACUAGAGAGCUGAUUGAGACACACCCAGAGAUUUAAUUUUCUUUUCUUUCUGUUAAUUAUUCUGAUUUUAAACAGGACGAAGUGUCCAAACACAGAAAGACUCCUGCUGAAGCGACUGAGAUCCAUGUGACACUGUUAUAAAGAUGGCGUUUAUUAAAGAGGAGAAUGAAGAAACAUUCAGAGUCAAACAUGAAGAUAGUGAGGAACAAACAAAGAUGGCGUUUAUUAAAGAGGAGAGCGAAGAAAUAUUCAGAGUCAAACAUGAAGAUACUGAGGAACAAACAGACCUGAUGGCACUGAAAGAGGAGAGUGAAGUACUGAAUGAAAUGGAAGAGAAAGAUCAUGAUUUCAUAAAUGGAGAAAAAUCCUUUAGUUGUUCACAGACUAAAAAGACUUCCAAAAGAAAAAGGGCUCAAAAGACAGGAAGUGGUAGUUAUUUCUGCCAACAGUGUGGAAAGAGUUUUAGUCAUAAUGGAAAACUUAGAGUUCACAUGAACAUUCACAAAGAGAAACCUUACACCUGCCAACAGUGUGGAAAGUGUUUCAGUCAAAGAAUAACUCUUAAAAGACAUGUUAGAAUUCACACUGGAGAGAAGCCAUACACGUGCCAACAGUGUGGAAGGAGUUUCACUCAGCUUGGAAACCUUGGAGUCCACAUGAGUGUUCACACUGGAGAGAAGCCUUACAAAUGCCAACAGUGUGGAAAAGGUUUCAACCGGAAAGGAAACCUUCAUUGCCACAUGAGAAUUCACGCUGGAGAGAGUCUUUUCACCUGCCAACAGUGUGGAAUAAGUUUCACUCAAAAAGGAAGCCUUAACAGACACAUGAGAAUUCACUAUGAAGAGCAGCCUUACACAUGUUCUCUGUGUGGAAAGAAUUUUAAUCAACAUGAAAACUUUGAAGUCCACAUGAGAACUCAUAGAGAGAAACCCUACACAUGCUCUGAAUGUGGAAAGAGUUUCUGUCAAAAACGACCCUUUGAAGACCACGUGAGAAUUCACUCUGGAGAGCAACCCUACACAUGCCCUCAGUGCGGAAAGAGUUUCAAUCAUAUACGACACUUUGAAGAUCACAUAAGAAUUCACACAGGAGAGAAGCCUUUCACCUGCCAACAAUGUGGAAAAUGUUUCAACCGAAAAGGAAGCCUUAACAGGCACAUGAGAAUUCACACUGGAGAGAAGCCAUUUACAUGUGGUCACUGUGGAAAGAGUUUCAGAUAUAAAACAGGCCUUAAGUCCCACAUGAGUUUUCACAGUCCAAGACCAGGAAAACCAACCAAAAAAGAAAAAAUAUAUAAUGAAGAAAACUUAGUAAGCAGUGCUGGUGAUAGUAAAACGGAGUUAAUAACUAUUUAGGGGAGGAAUGAAGGAAAUUCAAAAUUAUAGUGCAAUUUAAAGAGGGGUAUGGAGUAGGGGUUGCACCGACUAAUCGACUAGUCGACUUUAAUGCUCUGCCAUGACACUUUAAGCUUGACGUCGACUAGUCGCUGGUCCUAUAAAGGAUGCAACAGUAUAAGAAAUCUCUAAAGAACUUCCACAUUUACAUUCCGUUUCCAAACAGUUAAAAUGACAAAUAAAUGCAUACUCUGAAAGUGCUCCACAAGACAUGUUUGAUUAUAUUACUGGAUGGUCGAAAUUGAAUGGGAGAAUGCACAUUUUAAACCGCUUACAGUACAGGUCAGUUAAUCGCCAUUCUAAUCUAAUGCGCUGCUGCACUGUAACGCACACACAUAGGCUUCAGACAGUAGCGCGUACGAAAAAUGAAAACUGUAUGUAAGCAAGUUAAUCUAAGUUACAAACGUGAUAAGACGUGUGUGGAAUAAUAACUGGUCCCAUUAGGUGUGAAUAUGGCAAAGCUGAAGGGGGGAAUAUAGUGGGAGGAAAGAUAACGGGAGCAAAAUGCUUACAGAUGAAAAGAAAGUGUUUUGUGUUUUCACCUGAGUUUUCUUUGUCAAGUUUGUCAGUCAAGUUUGUCUUGAGCCCAUGCCAUCUCUGUUGCUGUCAGUACAUUUGAUUUCAUAAUGGAAUUUUAAAUGGUAAGCAACAUGUACUGUAUAAUUUUUCAGCAAGCUACCACCAUGACAAACCAACUCGUUCUCAGUGUAAGGUGCAUUUUGAUGCUGCAACAGGAACUAGAUGCCUGAAAGACUGAAGUAUCUCUGCUCCACCAAUUAAAAUCAGGACUGUCAUGAUGUAUUCAUGUUCAUAUUUAAAGAACUUUUGUAGCCAUAUGAAAGAACUGGUAAACUGGUUUAAUAAGUAAAGUUGGUAGUGCUGUGUUUGAAUUUAUUUGAAUGAAUCAUCCUCUGUUGAGAUCUUGAUAGAUUUAAUGUCUUUUAUUUGAAGUUGAUUUCAGUGUUACUUUUAACACUAUGUAGUGCAGAUUAUAUAACCAGUAAUAUUCAUUUUAUUAAGCCAUUUGAUCUAACCCACGUGGGGCUCCAUGAAAGCUGUUAACAAAUUUGAUUGGGGGUCGCUCAGUUGGGUCCCACAUGGCUGUAGUGGUUUGGAAGAGGCAAAAUAAGUAACUUAAUUAACUGGUCAAACAAAAAUAUAAACAGUACUUGCAUUAUAAUGCUGGCAUAGAUUCACAUGCCAUUUUAAAAUGUAUUUCUUGAUUUAAAGGCUUUCACAGUACAGAAAGUGCACUUUUAAAAGUUUUUAAUGAUCUCUUAUUGGUCGGAGAUUCUGCCAUGCUUAUGCUUUUAGACCUCACAGCUGCAUUUGACACCAUUAAUCAUAACAUUCUGAUCUCUCGGCUUUAGAGUGGUUUAGGUCUUAUCUGUCUGAUAAGAUAAGACUUCUGUCCACCUUGAAGAAUUUGUGUCUCUGUCGGCUCACCUUCCUUGUGUCCCUCAGGGAUCUAUUCUUGGCACAAUGUUGUUUUCCCUUUAUGUGCUUCCACUAGAGUCUGUUCUAAGGAAGUGUGGCAUUGCGUUUCAUUGCUAUGCAGAAGACACAACUUUAUCUGCCACUGAAAUGAAAAGAUAUCAGAUCUUUAAAAUUAUUGUUGAACUGCCUCAAGGACAUUAAAACUGGGAUGGCUUUUUUUUUUUUUUUUUUUUUUUUCAUUUUAAUGAGAGUAAAACUGAAAUUGUGGUGUUUGGCUUGAAUACUACCCAUGUCGCCCUUAACACAGGAUUGGAUUCUUUACUUCCUUAUUUUAAAUCUUCUAUUAAAAAUGCGGGUGUAAUCUUGGAUCUUGAUUUUAAUCUUAAAUUCAAUAGCUAAUGCCAGUUUUUAUCAGUUAUGGCUUUUAUCUAAAGUAAAACCAUUUUUGUCAUUUAGUGACUUUGAAAGGAUUAUACAUGUUUUCUAGACGCAAACGUCUAGCGACACAAAAUUAACGCAUGCUGAGAUUGAUUAGAUGGAAAAACUAUACAAAUAUACACCAAAAUGAAGCAGUCAAGCCUUUUUACUCUACACAAGUUGCACAUGUCAUAUCUGAAACCACUUGACUACAUGAUAAAUUUGUUUUGAGAUAUUUAAUAUGAAAAUAAAAUGUAAUUUGGUUAUAUUAGAUCAGGGGUGGGCAAACGUUUUGACUCAUGCCACAUCAAGUUUUCCACAUUAACUGAGGUGCCGCAUAAUGUGUUUAUGACAUGAAGCUUUGAUUUAUUUAUUUUUUUGGUAAAUUGACUUACUACUGUACUGUAUGUAUACUUGUACAUAGGCCUACAUGGCAGUUCUAUUCUUGCACCAUCACUACCUUUUUUUUUUUUAUGAGCACUUUAUGACACAGAUCAGUUGUAUUGGUUUACAAGUCGAUUGAUGUAUAAGACACAUUUUAUCAUUUUAUUCAGAAAUAAUGUACAAUAAACAAAACGUUUACAAACAUUAGAAACAUUCCCCACAUUCCACAAAAAAAACCUGUAAAUUUUGCAGUGUUCAGAAUAGAAAAAAGAACAAAAAUAUAAGUAAAAAACAAAUUAUAGUGGCAUUCACUCUAAGCAUAUAUUAUAAACACCCAGCCUAAAUAUUUAAAGUGAAACUGAAACUAGCGGCGUGGUUGCUGGAAAAUGCACAAUACAAACUCAAAACAAACUCAAUUGCUUUUUCUCAUUCGUCACCAAUCCUAAUGUGCACGCUUUGCGCUUGACCUUGAUUGCUUUAUAUAAGUCGCCUUGGAAAUCGCAGCACGUUUCAGAUGAAAAAAACAAAAUUUAUAAUCAAGAAAAAAACAGUACUUUAUCCAUUUUCAUAAAAAUUUGUGUAGAAAACAGAAGAAAAAAAUCAUAUACAGGUGCAUCUCAAUAAAUUAGAAUGUCGUGGAAAAGUUCAUUUAUUUCAGUAAUUCAACUGAAAUUGUGAAACUCGUGUAUUAAAGGUCCCAUGACAUGCUGCUUUUUGGAUGCUUAUAUAUAGGUCUAAGUGGUCCAUAGUACUGUAUCUGAAGUCUCUUUCCCGAAAUUCAGCCUUGGUGCAGAAUUUCAGCCACUACGAGUCAGUCCCACAAUGAGCUUUCCUUAGGACGUGCCAUUUCUGUGUCUGUAGCUUUAAAUGCUAAUGAGGAGGAGAGAGGCGGGGCAAGGUGGAGGGUGGGUGUGUGGCCUUAACCAGCUUGCGGCCAUGGUACCAUGCGCUAAUGUUGACAGUGGAUGUAUCGCAAUGGCUCGUAGACACACAGUCCUUUUCAGUUUGACCCAGAAUCUGAUCCGGAUGGAGAAGCACCGGAUGAAGAAGUUGCAACUCAGCGGCUGCAGCAGGAAGUCUCUGAAUGGUUAGUUUAAAAUAUUGUGUCUGGAUACGGUACUUUAGUUGGUUUGGUUAUGUAUGCUGUUACAGUUAUUAUAAUGUAGCUAAUGCUAGCCUACAUUGUUGGCUUUUCAUGUUGCUCUGAUUUGCUAUCGUGUACAUGCAAACGAGCGAAGCAUGGCAGUUGCAAAGUGUUUGUAAGUCAUGAUGUCUCUCGAGGAAAAAAAAAAUAUUGGGCUCGCCUCGCACGGUCAUAGCUUAUUUUCUCAUGGGCGGGCAAAGCAGAGAAAGGGGAAGUAACCUUUCCUCGUAUGGCGACAUAAAGGGAAGA